CCAGGUUUGGCAGCUCUUUUCCGGCGGAAUAUUUAGUUGGCGCACAGUUUCCGGAAGCGCUUAGGGGACGUCCUGUCCUAAGAUGGCGGCGCUGACAGCUCCCCGGCUGUCUCUGCUCUUCUCCCAGGCUUUUCGACCGGCCUGCCUGGCAGCUCUUCAUACUCGGGUCUGGCAACCAGCAGCAGACAAUGAAAAUAGCAUCAGCACUUCACUGGUGAGACAGAAAAGUAGCGCUGUCCCUGCAACAAAAUCGUCAGUACCAAGUGGCAAAGGGGAAUUUAUAGUAACCAAACUUGAUGAUCUGGUGAACUGGGCUCGAAGGAGUUCUCUAUGGCCCAUGACCUUUGGGUUGGCAUGCUGUGCUGUAGAAAUGAUGCACAUGGCUGCUCCACGUUAUGACAUGGACAGGUUUGGAGUGGUUUUUCGUGCUAGUCCAAGGCAAGCGGAUGUUAUGAUUGUAGCUGGAACACUUACAAAUAAAAUGGCUCCUGCAUUAAGAAAGGUUUAUGAUCAGAUGCCUGAGCCACGUUAUGUAGUAUCCAUGGGCAGCUGUGCCAAUGGAGGAGGCUACUAUCAUUAUUCGUAUUCAGUGGUCAGAGGCUGUGACAGAAUUGUUCCUGUCGAUAUCUAUGUUCCAGGCUGCCCACCCACCGCUGAGGCUUUACUGUAUGGUAUCCUGCAACUCCAAAAGAAGAUUAAAAGAGAAAAGAAAAUUCGGCUCUGGUAUCGAAAAUAAAUGUGUUUUUUAAGCUUAUUUAAAAUGGGUUUGUACAUCCUUGAUGCAGUGGUGUAAUUGCGCUCUUACUUCUGCCACAAAGCAACGUUUGCUCUGAAUAAUCUACAUUAUGAUGGAACCUAAAUCACUGGCUUGUGUAUAUAUAACAUGCAUUAAAGCGGUUAUACACUGUA